AUCACAUAGCCAAUUUCCAACCCAAAUCGACGGAUGCCUACCAACGAAAAAUUAUAAUUGACCUGAGCAGUUGAGGCACGUUUGUUUCGGAAUUCCUUGGCUUGCUAGCUCGAGCCCAUGUCGUUUUUUCCUCACACACUUGUUGUUGUGCCAUUGCCAUUGACGACAGCAGCCGUUCUUUUGUCGAUGCCGGGAGACGGGAUAGUGGGCGACCAGGCGCAGGCCUCAACGUCGCGCGCAGCAGCGCAGCCUAACAUGAAGCGAGGUUGGAACAGUUGCAGCAACGAGUCUGCACAGGAGGUCUGCUCGUCCUCCCAGCUAUGCGUGCGCAAAAAGGCCAAGUUGGAAAUAUGCAGGCCUGGGGUUCCAGCCCGAAUAAGCCUUUCAGCAUUUCGGCUUCCUGACAAGCUCAGCCCUCCCUUGCGGGACGACGAUAAGGAUGGGCACUUCCAAUACGAGCUCGGCGAUAACCUGAGCUCACGUUACAAAAUACUCUCUAAAAUGGGCGAAGGUACGUUCGGCCGCGUACUGGAGUGCUGGGACCGCAAGCGCGAGGACUACGUUGCCAUUAAAAUCGUCCGAAACAUUGACAAGUAUCGGCACGCGGCCAUGAUUGAGCUCGAAGUGUUAAACACAUUAGAGAAGAAUGACCCGUCCGGGCAAAACCACUGCGUGGCGCUGCGCGAAUGGUUCGACUACCGCGGCCAUGUGUGCAUGGUGUUUGAGAAGCUGGGUCUCAGCCUGUUCGACUACAUGCGCAAGAACGGCUACAAGCCCUUCCCGCUGGACGUGGUGCAGGACUUUGGCCGGCAGCUGCUUCAAGCCGUGAGCUACAUGCAUGAGCUGAGACUUGUGCACACAGACCUGAAGCCGGAGAACAUCCUGCUCACCAGCCCGGAGUGCGCACAACCAGCGGAGAGCUCGGGGUCCAGCGGCAGUGGGCGGUGUUGCAGCCGGCCUCCCUCUUCGGACAUCAAGGUAAUCGACUUUGGCAGCGCGACCUUCGAGGAGCAGUACCACAGCUGCAUUGUAUCCACUCGGCACUACCGGGCUCCCGAGGUGAUCCUGGGGCUAGGCUGGUCCUACCCCUGCGACAUGUGGAGCGUGGGCUGCAUCCUCAUCGAGCUCACAACGGGGGAGGCGCUGUUCCAGACGCACGAGAACCUGGAGCACCUGGCCAUGAUGGAGGCGGUGCUGGGGCCGCUGCCCAGCCACAUGUCCGGCAGGUGCGAGCGCACGCCCGCCGGCAAGUACUUCAACGGCGGCGGCCGCCUCAACUGGCCAGACGGGGCCGCCAGCCGCAAGAGCGUCAAGGCGGUGAAGCGGCUGGGCGGGCUGCACCAGCUCAUACUGGACCAGGGCGACCCCUCGGCCCGCGCAUAUGCCCAGGAGCUGGUGGACCUGAUCGCCUCCAUGCUGCGGUACGACCCGGCGGACCGCAUCAGCGCCGCGCAGGCCCUCACGCACCCCUUCUUCGCAGCACCCUGCAUCCUGCAGCAGCGCCUGCAGCAGGAGCACGGCGCAGCAGGAACGCAGCCCGAGCCUGCGGCGGAAGCCGCCGGGGCGACGUCCUCUGCGGUUGCGGCGGGGGCAGAGGCGGCAGCAGCAGCUGCGGCGGCAGGGCAGGCGCCCUCGAGCGUGGCGGCUGCGCUGUUGCAGGCAGCUGGCCUGGCAGGCAGUGAUGCGGGUGCGGGAGGCAGCGCGCCGUUGCCGCCUGCGCAGGCGGUGGUAUGAGGUCGCGCACGCCGCCGCCUGCCGCAGCCGGUGCUACCGUUUCUGCUUCCGCCAUCCUGAUCAGCACGCCUUUUGCGCAGAGGCUCCGUCGCCGUCAACUUUUCCUGUUCCUGUACAGCUACGUCAUCGUCGUCGAUGCCUUCUUCUACGUUGUUUUCUUUGCGUUUUGUGUGCGAGGGAGGUGUGGGCUCUUCUUGUCUUGUCGGUUGCGGCGCACGGCAGCCUUGGCUGCGGUCAAAGGCGAGACAUGCGAGGAUUGUGAGGAAAGGAGCGGUCACAAGUGUUUGUAUGAUACACUGCCUGGACGUUUGUAUGAAUAGGCAAAGGGGGCGGAACUGAAUUGCUUACAGGAGUCGUCCCUAGGGCUGGCAAAGCUGCGGGCUGCUGCCAUCCAUCGUAUGAUGAUGCCAUGGUGUUUGCCCCAGGGGCAUUGGCGGCAGCACCCGCAACUUUAGGAGCCCUCAAAAUUACCAUGUGUCAGCGUCUGCGUUUGUUCGGCUUGUGGCCGAAUGGGUCUCUCGAAGGCUGAAUUUGCUCAUCUGUCUCCCUGGUUAGCGGUCCCCGAGGCAUGCUGUGAAGUACUGUACGGGGUACGGCCAUUGCUGGAGUAAUCUGUUGUACGGUUAUGUUUCAGCAGCCGCUGCCAAGAGGGGCUGCAGGCGCUGCAUGUGGCGGCGUCCUUGGAUAGCGCGCGUGUGUGUGUGUGUGUGUGUCAGCGCAGGCGAGUUGGAGGGAUGGCUGGUUGCGUUGUGGCAUCCGGGUUGCUUACAUGAGUUGGGUUGGGUUGCAAUCACCCGGCCGGCUGUCUUGUGCCACUGCUGCUGCUGCUGCCCGCGUCCUAUGCAUGUGUGCUCUGUUGCGCAAAGACGAAAGACGAUGCCAUCUCCUUGCAUGUGGAUCCAAAUUCGUUUGUGUGUUUGUACGGUAGUAAGACCCAUGGUUUGUCGCUGUGCUAUGACUUUUAAUGCGAUGUGCGCCCUCGCCAAAGCGGGCAUGCGCCCUCGCAGUUGUGGCUGCAGCGGGCUGGGAUGCCCCUCCACCCGCCUUUGGACUGCAUGCAUAGUUGUACUGAACUGCGCCCCACGGUGCGCGUGGCAUGCCACGCGCCGGAAGGGGCCAGUUCGACGCAUGGCUGGACCUAGUGCGCUUAAUCUGUGGGCUGUACAUAGCGUUCUGAAUGUAUCCAUGUGUCUAUCCUCGCUGUGCUUGCCCGAUAAGGCCCACAUUGUACCCGCACCGACUCGUCGGUGGUUAAGCGCGCGGUUUUGGCUCUAUGGCAUGGUGUGAUGGCGAAUGGCGGAUUGCUUUCCGCACGCUCCUGUCUUCUGCGCCACGGGUCGAGGCAGCUGGCUUGUGAUUCUGCGCUGUAGCUUGCAACCGGGCGGUUGUAGAAUCCUCCUGCCAGGAAUUGGGCAUACGGAUGGGGCUGCGUGCUUGGCCGUUUGGACGGGUCCUAUUAUGGGUCUGUCGCUGUCUGGCUCCGCUGCCCAGGUGGGAAUCUGUUGUGUACCGGUUUGGGGACUUGCGGAUGCUCCCCCGGGCUCGCGCGGGUUACCUGAAUGUCACUGAAUGUGGGUCACCUUAAAGUACGAACGACUGAGUCCGAGCAUGGAAUUGAUACCCCACUGAGGCGGGCGUGGCACCGGUAUGUGUGGCAUCUUCACCAUUUGUACCAGCUUUGUGUACCAUUUUUGUGGCCUUUGUGGCUCCCGGGUGUGGUAUAGGAGCCGCCAUGACACAGUGCAGGUUGAGUGGCCUGAAGUGCCGUUUCCCUGACGUAUACUGACCCGCAAGCUGCUGGGCGCUGCGCACCAGAGCGCAGCGGGCGCGGCCAUUCCUGCGGUGUGCUGUGUUAGUUGGGCGGAAGCGCCGGCACGCCUUGCGCUGUGUGUCCCUGCUUGCCGAUCUGGGUUGUAUCGGCGGGGUUCGAAUCGUUGACCGACUUUUGGUACUUGCUGACCGCACUGCAAGCUGCUUGGUGUGUUUGUGUCUUUGGCACAAGGUGUGAAGACGCGUCAUGUGUGCAUCGUUGGCACAGGCUGGCAUGCCUGUGUAUGACGCAGUGUGCUACCACUGACUAGUACGACAUCCGAAAAAACGAUUGGAGCGCCAUGCAUUUCGGGUUCUAGGUCUUGUACAGGUCGUCUGAAAUUCUUUGCAUAUACCAAUGAAUUGUCUGCACCUAUUCGUGGAUUUACCGCGCCUGUCUACGUGGGAAUUGUUAACUGCUGGUUCCGUGUGAGGGGCCCCAGGAGCUUGAAGUGCCUGUAGAGGUUUGCAUGGAUGCGUCGAUCGCACCGUUUGUGCCACAACGCGCAUGUAACAACUGGUCGUGCG